AUGGGCCUCUUGCGUUCCGUGGCGACUGCAGCGGCGUCUGUGCUCCUCCUCAGUCUCCCAACUACGUCUCCAUCGGUAGCUGUCGCAUCAACGGGUGUGGACCGCGUGCACCGCGUCGCCAUACGCGUCGUCUAUCGCGCGUUUUGUCCUGCGUGCCAAUGGUUCAUUGGGAACCCGCUGCUGGAGCUCGUGCGGGCAGAGGACUACCGUGCGAUCGUCAACUUGACCCUGGUCCCAGUCGGAGGAAUGCGGGAGACAAAACAAGGAGAAUUGGCGUGUGAGGCCGGACCGCUCGAAUGCACGGGCCAUCGCUGGCAGGUCUGUGUGCUUGACAGGAACCGUGAUGACAUUGUCAAGUAUAUUGCGCUACUUGCGUGCAUCGAAGGCGACGAGUCAGGCAAAGAAGGCGAUUGGCCGACAAAGAUGAAGCACUGCGUCACCGACGAAGAACAUGUUCGGAUUGACGAGUGCUACAAAAAUCGUAGCAUGGAUUUGCUACUCAAGUUGGUUCGUGAGAAACGGCCUGGAAGCUCGCCUUGGUUGCCACACACGGCUGUGAACGAAAACGUGCUCGGGUCGGCAACUGAAGGGGUCUCGUUGAAGAUGCUUAAGACGAGCAUUUGUUUGGCAUACGCAGGACCCGCAAGCUUCUAUCCUGUGGGUUGCGAGAAGCUCGUCGGUAGGCAGAAGCGAAUUGUGUCUGAAGAUACAACAACGCACAACAAGAACCAAUAUAUGGUGACCGCUGAAACAACGUCCGAAGCCAUACCAGCGCCUGUAAAGAAUGUGGAGAACACAGUAGUCGAAGAACCCGUCAUUGCAGAUGGAGGUGACAGUGUUGUCGCAGACGCGAAAGAGGAAGGAAGAGCCAUCGCUCUUCUCGCGCAUACGUCUGCAACGACCAAAGUAGCAGACAGCGCUGUCGCAGACAUGAAAGAGGAAGGGAGAGUAAUCGCUGCUUCCGCACAUACGUCUGCAACGACCAAAGCAGGCAAGGUGGUGGUAGACAUGUACUGGCGAGCUCUUUGCCUUGGUUGUGUUUCGUUCAUCACGAGGCCGCUACUAUCACUUGUUCGGGACAAAGAAUUCCAGGAGAUCAUCGACUUUCGCCCAGUGCCCGCUGCUGGAACGUCUUAUGACGCAAAGGGAAAGUUUGUGUGUACUUCUGGCAACUUGGAGUGCCAGGGACACAAGUGGCUGAGCUGCGCCGUCGAGGAGUUCCCACAAAUCGGAGAGUUGGUCGAACAUAUUGCUUGUAUGGAAAGUAAGGAUAACAGUGGCAUGACGUGGAAAUUUAUCAUCCAUCGCUGCUUUGAAGGCGAAGCGCAAACGAAGAUGCAAUCAUGCUACGAUGUAAAGAGCGACGAGCUCUUGCGAAAGAAUGUGGCAAAGAAGCAGGCGCUGCAUGUUCCUUGGGUGCCAUACGUCCUUAUCAACGGGAUACCGUUGGGCAGCUCUACUCAUGGAGUUGGCUUGAAGCAGCUUACGGAUGCCGUGUGCAGGGCGUAUACGGGACCUGAGAAUUUGCCGGCGGCAUGCUUGUCCAACCGGCUACGUAAUGAGGCUGAGGCAAAGCUGCCGGCUGAAGGCGACGUAGUCAAGCCGUGUCCUCCGAAACGGAUAAAUAGCGGCGACACUAGAGCGCAGCACGAAGAUGCACCGGGCAUCGGCAAGCCACUUCCAAGUGAACGAGAGGCCAAAGCUGUCAAGAACUAUGGGGCUAAGGUCACGGGAGGCAGACAGGCCGACGAUGGCAAAUCGUCGGCCACAGUUACCGCAAUUGUCCUGCCUGGUCUAUGCUUUGUCGGACUUGUUGUCAUAGCGCGACGAUUAUCACGCAACCAUAAGAAAAGCGCGUGA